UGAUUGUAAACAAUUCCAUUUUAUUUGCAAAACUUAACAUUCCGUAACAAUAGGAAAUGAGUGUAAUCUAUAUGUUUUGUUGCAGACUCGAAUUACCAGCGUUAAACCUCAGCGUCGAAGCUCGUAAAACCGACAAUUCCAGGCCGACACUGAAUAACAAUCGGCCUCCGAUUCGAAAUGAACUGGACGCACAAUUAUACACUCGAAGAAAAUUUGUUCAAAGCUCGAAACACAUCUCACUUCAUAGAAAACAUCAUCGACAACAAAUGGGUCCAAAGCGGCUUCUGCAUCUUCUACACCGUCAUCUUCGUCCUCGGCCUUCUCGGCAACCUCCUCGUCUGCUUUGUCGUCAUUCGAAACAAAGCCAUGCAGACCGUCACCAACCUCUUCAUCACCAAUCUAGCCUUGUCCGACAUACUACUCUGCAUAUUUGCCGUCCCAUUCACUCCGCUCUACUCCUUCCGAGGCACGUGGGGCUGGGGCAGUAUCUUAUGUCACAUAAUGCCUUUUGCACAAGGUUGCAGCGUAUACAUAUCUACAUUGACACUUAUGUCUAUAGCUAUCGAUAGAUUCUUCGUGAUUAUUUAUCCGUUUAGGCCAAGAAUGAAAAUAGGGACGUGCGUCACCGUUAUUUUUAUGAUCUGGUCGUUUGCAGUCACUGUGACAAUGCCUUACGCUUUAUUUAUGACUUACUACGAAGUUCCUGGUGUCGGGAAGUAUUGUGAGGAGAUGUGGCCCUCUGAAGAGCUCAGACAAGUGUUUGGCUCUAUAACUUCUAUCAUGCAAUUUGUACUUCCAUUUGUAGUCAUAGCCUUCUGCUAUACGUGCGUCAGUUUCAAACUGAACGAUAGAGCCAAAGCUAAAGCAGCUGCAAAGAAUUCCCGUAAAGAAGAAAUAGAUAAGAACAGGAAACGUCGAACGAACCAGAUGUUGAUCGCGAUGGUGACUAUCUUCGGCCUGUCGUGGCUUCCACUCAACGUGAUAAACUUAUGCAAUGACUAUUACAAAUACGCUAUCCAUUUGAAGUAUUACUUGGUGACAUUCUUCAUCUGCCACGGCGUAGCUAUGUCGUCAACAUGUUACAAUCCUUUCAUAUACGCUUGGAUGAACGAGAAUUUCCGUAAGGAGUUUAAGCAGUUGAUUCCUUGCAUGGAUUCGUCAGCUCACUUGAGGGCUAAUAUUCAGUUGGAUCCGAUGGGUCCUUCGGAAAAGACGUUUAACGGGAAUACGACUACUGAUAGUUACUUGGGGUCUAGUUCCCAGAGGGGGACGUCGUUUAGGAAUAAGAGGAAGCCAAGUGCGGCGGCGGAUGUGGAGAGGAGCGGGGUGGAGCUGAACGAGGACUUGCUGACGGUGGACGUGAAGCACUGCCACAUCUCGACGAGCUACAACCUGCGCCGGGAGUCUGUGAAGCUACGACUUAUCAACGAGGAGUCGUUUGAUGGCACGCCGCCCCAGAGUCAAUUCUAACGCUUGAUUUCUUGGGUA